CUGUGGGGUAUAACCGCACACAGCCCUGCCAGAGGAUAAAGUCCUGGUUCUGCUCUGUGUGGGUCCUCUCAGAGCAAGAAGACCAUCACCAUGGCCAUGACCUUGGGUUACUGGGACAUCAGAGGGCUGGCUCACGCCAUCCGCCUGCUCCUGGAAUACACAGACUCCAAGUAUGAGGAGAAGAAGUACAGCAUGGGCGACGCUCCUGACUAUGAGAGAAGCCAGUGGCUGAAUGAAAAGUUCAAGCUGGGCCUGGACUUCCCCAAUCUGCCCUACCUAAUUGACGGGGCUCACAGGGUCACCCAGAGCAACGCCAUCCUUCGCUACCUCGCCCGCAAGCACAACCUGUGUGGGGAGACAGAGGAGCAGAGGAUUCGCAUGGACAUUCUGGAGAACCAGGUCAUGGACAACCGCAUACAGCUGAUCAGGCUGAGCUAUAGCCCUGACUUCGAGAAACUGAAGCCUGAUUACCUGAAAGGAAUCCCUGACAUGGUGAAGCAGUACUCCCAGUUUCUGGGGAAGAAGUCUUGGUUUGCAGGGGACAAGAUCACCUAUGUGGAUUUCUUGGCUUAUGACUUCCUCGAUGGACUGCGCAUAUUCGAGCCCAAGUGCCUGGAGGCAUUCCCAGCCCUGAAGGAGUUCAUGGCUCGAUUUGAGGGCCUGCCGAAGAUGGCCGCCUACAUGAAGUCCAGCCGCUACCUGCCUCGCCCCAUGUUUUCCAAGGCGGCCGUGUGGGGAAACAAAUAGACCCUCCAGGGCCAGGCGUUAUUACUCGGCGCCAGGCCAGCACUAGAGGGCCUUCCGCACCUGUUCUUCAGCAAAGUCCACUUCAACAUUAUCCUACAACAAAGCCCAUCGGAUUCUCCCUUCUGCGGUUGCUUCUGUUCUGGGGAGUAGCUGGAGCCCUGCAGAGCUCAGCUCUGAGCUCCCUGCUCUGCCCCAGGACCGGAGUUGGCCUGGUGUCCGGCCAGCUUCCCCCAGGGUGGGCCCGCCCAGCCUGCCUGAUCCCCAGUAAAGGCUUAAUCGCACCUGCUCUGUCUUGUCUGUUCCCUCCCUGCCUCCCGGGCUCUCCAGCUUCCCAG